GAGCGCACACCCCCCGCUCUGAUUGGCUGAGAGUGUUGGCUGUGUAUUGACUGCUGAAGGUGAAACGUUUCAUCCAUUCUUUCUGAAUUUCAGUUUUUAUUAUGGAAUCUUGUAGGUAUUUGACGAUGCAUGCACGGUUUUGUCGUAGGUUACUGGCUGCUAAAUACUGUUCCAGAAACUAUGCAUCUGGGCCAACUUUAAAUGAGGUGGUUAUAGUUAGCGCUGUUCGGACGCCCAUUGGGUCAUAUAAGGGGUGUCUUUCCACAGUACCAGCAACAAGACUGGGUUCCAUUGCAAUCAAGGGAGCUAUUGAGAAAGCGGGUGUCCCACUGGAGGAGGUGAAGGAGGUGUACAUGGGCAAUGUGCUUCAGGCUGGGGAAGGGCAGGCUCCAACCAGACAGGCCCUCCUGGGUGCAGGAUUGCCAGUUUGCACCCCCGCCACCACUAUCAAUAAAGUGUGCGCAUCAGGAAUGAAAUCCAUUAUGAUGGCAGCGCAGAGUCUGAUGUGUGGACACCAGGAUGUCAUGGUAGCGGGUGGGAUGGAGAGCAUGUCGAAUGUCCCCUACGUCAUGAGCAGAGAGACGCCGCCCUACGGAGGUGUAAAGCUCGAGGACCUCAUUGUAAAAGAUGGUCUAACGGAUGUCUACAAUAAGUUUCACAUGGGAAAUUGUGCAGAAAACACUGCCAGGAAGUCCAGCAUUCCCAGAGAUGAACAAGAUGCCUAUGCCAUUAACUCCUACACCAGGAGCCGGGCCGCUUGGGAAACUGGCGUGCUGGCAAAAGAGAUUGUUCCGGUCAGCAUUCCACAGAAAGGCAAACCAGAUAUUGUUGUGACGGAGGAUGAAGAAUACAAACGUGUGGAUUUCAGCAAAGUACCCAAACUGAAAGCCGUCUUCCAAAAGGAGAACGGCACCAUCACUGCAGCCAAUGCCAGCACGUUGAAUGACGGUGCAGCUGCUUUAGUUCUUAUGACUGCAGAUGCAGCCAAAAGACUCAACGUCACCCCGCUGGCAAAGAUUGUUGCAUUUGCAGAUGCGGCUGUUGAUCCAAUUGACUUUCCAAUCGCUCCUGCGUUUGCUGUACCAAAGAUUCUGAAAGCUGCUGGCAUAAAGGUGGAAGACAUUGCUAUGUGGGAGAUCAAUGAAGCCUUUAGCGUCGUCGUUCUGGCCAACAUCAAAAUGCUGGGUAUUGAUCCCAAGAAAGUCAACAUCAACGGAGGAGCUGUCUCUCUCGGUCAUCCGAUUGGCAUGUCCGGAGCAAGAAUCGUCGGCCACAUGGUCCAUAACCUGAAAUCUGGACAGUACGGACUUGCUGGAAUUUGCAACGGAGGAGGUGGUGCUUCUUCAAUUCUUAUUCAGAGAUGCUAACGAGCUGUUCCUCUAAGGUGUAGCCCUUGUAUGCCUCCUAUUUCUAGCUAGUGCUGUUUGUCAUUACUGACUGUUACAGGGUGUAUAGAAUGAAACUUAAAGCACUUGAACAUAUUUAUUAUAUGAAAACACCACGUCCUUAGGUUACAUAUUUAAGUUGAGAAGAAAAUAACCAGAAUGAACUGUCAGCCUUAUUUGUUACUGCUCUGUAAAGAGUGCUGUUGCAGUGUUUAUCUGGAUCUAGUGACUCCUUUUUUUUCAGCUAAAAGACAUCUGGACAGAUUUCUUCUCUAAAUAAAGUGUUAUAUUAAAACGACAA